UGGUGUUUUGACCCUAGGUUUAUUUUUUUUGAAGAUCCCUGCUGAGACUGCAAGCAUACAGGCGAGGAUGAGGGCUGCACUACUGUGCCUGGCUCUCCUGGUGUCCCUGGGUGUCCUACAGGCGGCCCCUGAGAAACACCCAGUUGCUCUUUCCGAGGACGCCCUGAAAGAGCUGUCCCAGGAAGGGGAGAGGUAUGUAGGGGAAGAGAUGAAGAGGGCCCUGAUGGGGGUGAAGCAGAUGAAGGAGCUCAUGGAGAGGAACGGGGAGAAGCACGAGCAUCUGAUGAAGACUCUGAUGCACAGCGGCGAGAAGAAGAAGGGGGCCCAGGAGCUGGCCCAGGAGGUGGAGCAGAAGCUGGGAGAGGCGGAGCAGCACUGCCAGCAGUCCCUGAAGGCUUCCUGGGAGGAGUGCCGCCCAUGCCUGGAGGAGGCCUGCAAGACCUUCUACACCUCCACCUGCCGGCGCGGCUUCUCCUCUUUCUCCGACAAGGUGGAGCAGUUCUUCCGCAGAAUGGCGUCGCGGGGAAGCCAGGACCUCCUCAUGAGCCAGAGCCCCGACAGUCCGGACAGGCAGGUGCAGCAGGUGGAGGACUCCUUCAACGAGCUUCUGCACAAGGUCAACGACGUUUACACCAAGAGCGUGGUGCUGGUCGUGAAGAUGCAGCAGGAGUUCGACCAGGCUUUCCGGGAGAUCUUUGCUCCAGAGACCAAGGCAGACGGUGGGAGGCCUCGCCCCUCCUCCGCGGAGGACACCGACUCCAGCUUCUUCCAGGGCAUCGGGCUGGAUGACGUGCUGGACUCCUUCUUCGACUUCGGCAAGACGGUGUUCCAGGAGUUCAGCUCCGUGGUCACGCAGGUCUUCGACGACAUCCACGAGUCUAUUAAGGAAUCGAAGGUGGAAAAGGAGAAGGAGCAGUUCCCUCGUGUGCUGCCGUCACAGAGCAGGAAGUUGUGCAGAGAUCUGCGCAGACAGACGUCCGAAUGCUGGCAGCUGAGCAGCCAGUGUGAUUCCUGCAAAGGAACUCUGCUGGAAGACUGCCCCAGCGUGAGGGAGCUGCAGGUGGAGCUGAACGAGGUCUCCCAGCUCCUCCAGACCUCCAGCCAGCAGUACGAGGAGGUGCUGCAGAUCGUGCAGCGCCACACGGAGGACACCGUCACCUGGCUCAGCAACAUGGCCAGCAACUUCGGCUGGGUGGCCGAGGUGGCCAUCAACAGCACGGCGGAGCCAGAGAUCAUCUUCAACAUCUCCGCCGUGCUGCCCCACGCAGUGGAGGGGUACGACGGCUCUGCAGCAGACAGCAAGGUGGAGGUGAACAUCCUGGACUCUCCCAGGAUGACCCUGAACGUACCUGCCGAGCUGGAGGUGGAGGACCCCGCCUUCGUCCAGUACGUGGCUCAGGAGGCCCUGGGCAGGUACAAGCUGCUGCUCAGGCAGGAUGACCCUUAA